AUGGCGGAAAAUAAUGCAUAUCAGAUGGAUCCGGGUCCACUCGACUCGUCCAUAUUGAAUGAACAACUCACCCAUAGGUCACGGGAUAUAUGGGAUGGAAAGGAUAAUGUGAUUUUGAAUACAAGGAGAUGUGAUGGAAAUUUUUGGGACUUCGUAAAGGAACAUCCAAUUGAUACACGAGUCUUGGAAGUGAUUAGACUAUCGGGAUUGUACGGUGUUUAUAGAUCUCAUCGACCUACUAUUGAUCGUAGUUUGAUUACUUCAUUAGUGGAAAGAUGGUGUCCUGAAACUCAUACGUUCCACUUUAGGACGGGAGAAGCGACAAUCACCUUGCAAGACGUAGAGGUAUUGUAUGGAUUACCCGUGAAUGGUGAUCCAGUACUUGGGAAUGAGUUGGCGAGGAGCACAGAGGAUUGGAAAGACAUUUGUCAAAGAUUAUUAGGUUUUAGUCCACUUCCUGGAGACUUUAAAAAAUAUAGCCUCAAGGUAUCUGCACUUUAUCAACACAUGCUACGUCAUCCAAAAUUACUUGACACGGCAACACAAGAUAUGGUCAAUCAGAAGGCUAGAUGUUAG